AUGGAAAGAAGUGCAGAGCAGAAGGGCUGGGCACUGAGGCCGCAGGUAUUGUUUCUUUUCUUGGCGUCUUUGUUCAAUUUCGCGCUUUCUGAGCAGAUCCGCUACUCCAUUCCAGAGGAAAUGGAGAAAGGGUCGGUGGUGGGGAACCUCGCCAAAGAUCUGGGGCUCGAUACCCGGGAUUUGUCUAUUCGGAAACUGCGGAUUAGUGCAGAGAAUGAAUACUUUGCUGUGAGCUCAGAGAGCGGAGAAUUACUAGUAAGAGGCAGAAUAGAUCGAGAGGAAAUAUGCGGGAGCAGGUCCGAAUGUGCCCUGGAGUUCGAAACAGUAGCUGAAAAUCCAAUGAAUGUCUUCUUUAUAAUUGUGACGAUUCAGGAUAUUAAUGACAACCCGCCGCAAUUCCUUACAAACUAUAUUUCCCUAGAAAUAAGUGAACUGACACUUCCAGGAGCGAAAUUUGCUCUUUCUUCAGCACGCGAUUCAGACGUGGGCAUGAACUCUCUUAAAACAUAUCAGAUCAAUCCCGACCCCCAUUUCUCUCUGUCAGUGAAGGAAAGACUAGAUGGUAGUAAAUACCCGCAAUUGCUUUUGGAAAGAUUUCUGGACCGAGAAAUUCAGAGUUCUCACAAUUUGGUCCUGAUGGCUAUCGAUGGCGGAGAACCGGCCCAAAGCGGCUCGGCCCAAAUCAGGAUCAAUGUCACCGACGCCAACGAUAAUGCCCCAGUUUUUAGCCAAGAUACUUACAGGGUCAGUCUUCGAGAGAACUUGCCCCCGGGCUCCUCAGUACUGCGUGUGACCGCCACCGACAAAGAUGAGGGGAUCAAUGCAGAGAUUACCUUCUCUUUCCGCAAUGAGGAUAAUAGUAGACAAUUGUUCUACCUCCAUCCCAAUAGUGGAGAAAUUAUAACUGAAGAUAUAUUGGACUUUGAAGAAACAAAUAGAUAUAUGAUGGAUGUCGAAGCAAAGGACGGAAGUCACACAGCACAUUGUAACAUUCAAAUUGAAAUUCUCGAUGAAAAUGACAAUGCCCCAGAGGUGAAUUUUGUCUCACUCUCUGAUCAAAUUCCGGAAGACUCCUUGCCAGGAACUGUUAUCGCACUCAUUAAAACACAUGACCGAGAUUCGAAGGAAAAUGGCCAGGUCUCUUGUCAUAUCCAAGAAAAUAUUCCUUUCAAGUUAGAGUCCUCUUCUAGGAAUUACCACAAAUUGCUGACAGAUGGGCCUCUUGACCGUGAGCAGACUCCGAAGUAUAAUAUCACUGUGGUAGCUGUAGACAAGGGAAACCCACCUCUGUUCACCAGCAAAAUAUUUGUCUUGCACAUUGCAGACAUUAAUGACAAUGCCCCAGUUUUUCUCCGGCCUUCCUAUGUCGCUUAUGUUUCUGAAAAUAACCCUUCUGGUUCUUCCAUCGCCAAGGUCUUGGCAGAGGACCCUGACCUUGAACAGAAUGGCAGAGUGUCCUACUCUAUACUGAGCAGUGACUUGGCCUCGCUCCCGCUGCUCUCCUACGUGUCUGUCAAUGGACAUAGUGGGGACAUCUUCGCACGGCAUUCCUUCGACUACGAGCAGGUCAAGACUUUCGAACUGACGUUGCAGGCCCAAGAUUCUGGAUCUCCUGCUCUGAGAACUAACGUUAGCCUGCGCGUAUUCAUCGUCGACUGCAAUGACAAUGCCCCAAACGUCCUAUACCCUGCCCUGGCGUCUGACAGUUCUGCCCUUUUUGAUACGGUCCCUAGACUGGCAGAGCCUGGCUACCUGGUCACCAAGGUGGUGGCUGUGGAUGCAGACUCAGGACACAAUGCGUGGCUGGCCUAUCGGAUGCUGCAGGCUACGGAUCCCGGGCUCUUUAGUGUGGGGCUGCGCACAGGCGAGGUCAGGACCAUCAGAGCUUUGUCUGAUAAAGAGGCAACUAGGCACCGCCUGCUGGUCUCCGUGCAGGAUGGUGGGCAGCCUCCACUCUCGGCCACUGUAGCUUUGCACUUGGUCUUCGCAGACAACCUGCAGGAGGCGCUACCCAAGAUGAGGGAGGAGCACUCAGAUCUCCUGAACCCCAAGUCUGAGCUACAAUUUUACCUAGUAAUAGCUUUAUCCCUCAUUUCUGUGCUCUUCCUCAUCACAAUAACACUUACAGUCACUCUGCAUCUCCGGAGAUCUUGUAAUCCCAACAUGUUGAGCUGUGUCCAUGUAGAUGUUUGCUCUAAGGCUAAGCCUGUUGUCCCCCCAAACUACAAUGAGGGGACUUUGCCAUAUUCUUACAAUCUGUCUGUGGCCUCAGAAGCAGGAAAGAUGGAAUAUAAUUUCCUCAAAUUUGCUGAAGGAAUGACACCUCCCCAGAAUCUCCUCUUUAAUGAGGACUCUUGGGUCCUAAACAAUAGUAAUGGAGAACUCAAGGUCACAUCUGAUUUGGACACUUCUUCUCAGGGAGAGAAAUCCAGCAAUUCCUUCCGGCUUCCAACCCACAGAGCCAAGGAUUGCUCAGGAGCACAAAGAAAACGCUACAGACACAAGAAUCUGUGGAACAGAAUCGGCCAGCAAACUUCCCAAGCUAAUUAA